CCUUAAAAUAGUACCCAGCGUGUUUCAUCGGCCACACCCAGCACAUCCCCCACAACCAAGGCACUGAGCACUGCACCUCUCCCAUUCUUCUGUGGAUCCCUGGGUGCUGGUGGGGAACACCAGAGGUGCAGAGCCCUCCCUCUGACCACCAUGAAGCCCCCAGCUCAAAACCAGAAGAAGGUCUCUAACCCUCCCAGCAUGAAGACAGCAGAAGUCCUUAACUUCAAGUUAAAUGCCGCUGUGAAGAACAGGGAUAAAGAAGCUGUGCUAGAGCUGCUGGAGCAAGGGGCAGAUGUGAACUCCAAGGUAGACAGUGGCUGGACACCCCUGCAGACCGCAGUGCAAACUGGUGAGGAGGACCUGGUCCAGCUUCUGCUGGAUAGGGGAGCUUCUCUGCAUGCCAGGAAGGACAAUGGUGGCACUGCAUUUAUUGAGGCAGGCAUAGUAGGGAACGUGGAUACCCUGAAGCUCCUCCUGGAGCGUGGGUCAAACAUUAACGACCAGGACAUCAACGGCUUCACAGCUUUCGUGGAGGCUGCAUGGUAUGGGAAGGAGGAAGCCUUGAGAUUCCUGUACAGCAGAGGAGCAGAGGUGAAUUUGAGGAGGGUGACCAGUGAGGAGAAAGCCAGGCUGCACAAAGGAGGUGCCACAGCGCUGAUGGAUGCUUGCAGGGAGCACCACUUCUCAGCCGUGAAAAUCCUAGUCCAGGAGAUAGUGGCUGAUGUGAACAUCUGUGACAAGAGAGACAGGAAUGCCUUGAUCCAUGCUCAAGAAGGGUUCAGACAAAAAAGAUACAAGUCAGCUGUCUACAGUUCAUUCCUGCUGGAGCAUGGUGUGGAUGUGAAGAGGAAAGAUGAAUGUGGGAAAACUGCCCUCAUCCUGGCUGAAAUGGAGAGACCGGAGCUGGUGACAGCUUUGUUGAAAAAGGAUGAAAUAGAUAUUGAUGUGGAUGAGGAGGACACAGCCCUGAUGGUGGCUGUGGAGAAAGGUGAUUGCAAUAUAGCAAAGUUGUUGUGUGAAAAGGGAGCAAGGACUGAUGAUGGGAAUCUUCUUGCAGUUGCAAGGAGAAAUCAUUCUCUUAGCAUGGAAAACCUUCGUGAGCACAAGGCCAGAUUUGUUCCAGAAACCCCCAGAGCCUGGGAGCCAAACAGCAAAUGCUGGAGGGCCCAGCUGAAAGAGCUUGAUUGAAUGUCGCCCAUGAUUGGCAAACUGAUGAUAUUUCCGUACAUCCAGCAGAGAAUUCAGGAUGGCAUCUACCUCGGGCUCCAUGGAGGGACAGAGGUAGCAGUGAGAAUAACCCUCAGUUCAGAGGGUGACGAAGAGAAAAGGUUCUUUGAACAAUGUUCUCACUGUGAACAUCUACUGAAGCUCUUCCAGUCUGAGAAGGAAAAAGGCUGCAUGUACUUGUGCUUCCCACUCUGGGAAAAAAACCUCCAGGAACACCUGCAGGAUGCUGAAGGCCGAAAGGAUUACAAAGCUGCUCUGAAGAUGAUCUUCCAGGCACUGAGAGAGCUGCAUUCCCUCAGACUUGCUCACCAGGAUCUACAGCCUGGGAACUUCGUAAUAGAUUUAGGUGGCAAAAUUUACUUGGCGGACUUUGGUAAUAAAAGAAGGUUGAUUGAAGGUCAAGAAGAACUUGUAAACUCAGAUUUAGAGGCCCUGGGCAGGCUCAUGCUCUACAUUUUAAUAGGGGGUAGGAAACCCCUCUAGCAAGUUGGCAUCAAGGAUUUGGCUCCCAAUUCUCCAGAUUACACAGAGGCUCUGGACCUUGUACAAAGCCUGUCCUCUCGUGAUGAACGAGGCUUGGAAGGGUUAAGCAAACAUCCCUACUUCUGGAGUAAUCAGAGCAGGUUCAACUUCCUGAAGAGUAUAUGGAAUCAAAUCAAAGACAUCCAAAACCAGAAAAGUAUUUUUCAAGGUCCUAAUGUCACUAAGAAAAUUUUUCCUUAUCCACAGUGGACCAAAAAGAUUGACAAAGAUAUUUUAGAUGUCAUGGAAAAUCCUAGGAAUGCAAAACCAUUCAAACACAACAACAACGUCACUGGCCUCUUGAGGCUCAUGAGAAACAUGGAUGAACACAAAGACAAAGGGAUCAGCAACAAAAUAGGAGACUAUGCCGAGUAUUUCCUGAAGUUUUUUCCAAAACUUACCAUCUAUGUAUACAACAGUUUACGCCAGAAUCCUGCAUACAGUCACUUUGCAGACUUCCAGGACCCUUCUCUGUAGAAUGUCACUGCCUCCUGUCCCAUGUCUGAUCCCACCAUCACUCCUUUUAUUUUUUAUUUAUUCACUUGCAGAAGAGCUGAAGACAUGGGUAAGGAGAUGGGAUAAAGCACAUGCAGGGACAGAGUAUGGAGGACUUA